CACAAACUAAUCCCUAUAUUUAUCUAAAAGGGACAGGUUCAACUUGUUGACAGCUCCUUUAAAAGACUGUUUACAGUAUGACUGAAAAUUAAACAUUUCAAAAAUUCUUUCUGAGCAUCAGCCCCCUCUUGCAGCCAAUUUGUGCGGUCCAUUGAAAAGAGACUACGGGGCAUCCUCCCACGUCGCGCCUGUGCUGUGGAGCUCCCUCUUACUGCGUGCAUCGUGAUCAGGCUGCAGAGUCUUGCGGAGGACGCAGGGUCACCUUCUGUCAGCGCAAGGGGAAAUACUGAAUCAUUUGCAGACGAGGCGACGCUGGACUCGGUGCACCUCGGCAAGUGGCGUGUAUCUGUGCACAAGAAACCAAGCACCGUUGCAGAGUACAGGUUUGCUUGAGAAAGAGCAUUACAACAUUCACAGAAAUGUCUGGCUCCUACGAUGAAACUGCAGGUGUUGACGACACCAUGGACAGCUUCUGGGAGGUGGGAAACUACAAACGUGCUGUCAAAAGAUUUGAUGAUGGCCAUCGACUGUGCAAUGACCUCAUGGGCUGCCUGCAAGAACGGGCCAAGAUAGAAAAAGCUUAUGGGGAUCAGCUGACCGCCUGGUCGAAGAGAUGGAGACAACUCAUUGAGAAAGGCCCCCAGUAUGGCUCUGUGGAGAGAGCCUGGCUGGCUGUAAUGACCGAGGCAGAGAAGGUGAGCGAACUGCACCAAGAUGUCAAGAACAACCUGAUGAACGAGGAUGUGGAGAAAGUCAAGAACUGGCAGAAGGAGGCCUAUCACAAGCAAAUGAUUGGAGGUUUCAAAGAGGCAAAGGAGGCAGAGGAAGGAUUUAAGAAAGCUCAGAAACCAUGGGCUAAAAAGCUCAAGGAGAUGGAGACGGCGAAAAAAGCGUACCACAUGGCAUGCAAGGAAGAGAAGCUGGCGGCCACUCGAGAGGCCAAUGGCAAGACUGAGGCUUCUGUCACACCGGACCAGCAGAAGAAACUUCAUGAGAAAGUGGACAAAUGCAAACAGGAUGUGCAGAAAGCUAAAGAAAAAUACGAAAAGUCUCUGGAGGAGCUCAACAAAUGUGCACCACCCUACAUGGAGAGCAUGGAGCAGGUGUUUGACCAGUGCCAGCAGCAUGAGGUGAAGAGGCUGACUUUCCUGAAGGAGGCCUUGUUGGACAUUAAACGCCACCUCAACCUAACAGAGAACCAAAGUUACGCCACAAUAUACAGAGAACUGGAACGUACGAUCUUAUCAGCAAAUACACAAGAGGAUCUUAAGUGGUUCAGCAACAACCACGGACCUGGCAUGCACAUGAACUGGCCCGCUUUUGAGGAAUACAACCCAGACCAGGCAAAUGCUCCCCCAAAGAAGAAGAAGCCAGAUGGAGCCCCACCUACUCCAAGCACUGACCACGUUGCUCCCCCUGGUGACCGGAGCAGCGUCAGCAGCUAUGAAAAGAACCAAGCAUACUCAACCGAGUGGUCAGAUGAUGAGCAACCCGCUGCAUACUCGGGAAAUGAAAAUGGUGGUAACGGAAACUCCUUUGAAGAUGACUCCAGCACUGGGAAAGGCAUUCGUGUGCGAGCUCUUUAUGACUAUGACGGCCAGGAGCAGGAUGAACUCUCGUUCAAAGCAGGCGAUGAACUCACCAAGACUGAGGAUGAAGAUGAACAAGGCUGGUGUCGAGGUCGUUUGGACAGCGGCCGAGAGGGACUGUACCCGGCCAAUUACGUGGAGCCAAUCUAGGCCAAGGGCUGGACAAAGAAAAGACAUGCUCCUGGAGGCAGCUUGAACAGCACCAUCAAAUGCACCGCACAUAGCCAGAGACUUAAGAGCAACACAUCCCUUGCCCAACAGAUGCGUGAAGCUAAACUUAGUAACGUAAAAGACAAUAUAUAUCGGUAAAGUACAUUUUAUCCAGGUUUUGGAGUGAGUGGACUUACACGUUUGGAAACAAGACUGGCAGUUACCCCAGUAUAUAUACAGUACACACUCAACUAUAGACCUUGACAGGAACAUUAUGGCUUCUCUGUGUUGCUGUAUAUACGAUCAAGUACAAUGCAGCUUAUAUAAACAUGCAGUCCACUGCAGUCUGUUGUGCAAAUGGAAGAUGAAUAUAAUAAGUUAUACCCAUUGGACAAAGACGAGCUUCUCUAACCUGCAUUGUGUAUAUACAGUACGAUGCCAUUUUUGUGUAGCUUUUUUAACGCUGUGUGUGGUCAGUCAUCAUUCUUACAUCAGGAAUGCUGUGUCGUGUUAAAAGUACCACAAACAGUAUCCUUGUUUUCUGGGGAUGUAUUAUUUUUUCGUGCUCCGGUCCAACCUUUUUCCCCUUGUGUGCUGUGUUACGUGUAUAACUGUUUCUGAGUAUGCAUAGCAGCAUGUGGUAUGCAACAACUCACAUUCCCUGGAUCCUCCAGCCUUGUUGGGGCCACAACCUGAUGCAACGCUAAAACAAAAAAAAAUGCAGACGUCACUUUCAAAGCAUCGCAUGCAUCUGUUCUCAUGUGAGGAGGUUUGCUGACAAUACGCUUGAUUUUAUGUUGUGUCACGCAAUCCAUUGAAAAGAUUCAUGACUCUGCAGCAGCUUUCAUUCCGAACCACGUCUAUUAAAAAUUACCAUCAAUGAUGAUGUAAAGAGGCGUUUCAGACAAUGCCUAUGCCAGCAAUUUUCUACCAGGAAGGGGUCAAUUGCUCCAGACCGUUAAGUGAAGACCAACCUCUUCAACAGGACAUGAAUGUACUAGUGUUGAGGCAUGAAAGGGCCAUGCUGUCCAACAAAAAAAACAUAGGUCUUCACUGAUAGAACCGGCCCAUUUCUAUGCUGAGCCAAAGAAAUCCCCACUAACAUCAACUGCAUUUUCCCAUCCAUGCAAUAACCUCACAUAUCAUGUAACUAGACAAUAUCUACUUGUAGCUGCUUCACAGUCCACCAAAGCUUCAAUAGUCUUCACAACACAGGCACUAACACGGGGAAUACUUUUGUCAUCAAUAAUGCACUAAAUGUGUUACGCUAGCAGUGUAUUAAGAGUUAAUUUUCAUUUUCAGAAGUUUUAGUAUAGUUUCAAUAUCGUUUUUUGGCCCCUCGUUUCCGACAAAUGCCGAUACUAGGAAUGUCCCGACCACAUAUUUUUUCACCCGAGUCUGAGUCACCCAUUUUGAGAAUCUGCCAAAUCCCGAGUCCCGAUCCGAUGUUUUUUUUUUUUUAACAAACGUUGCAAGCAUGUUAUCGUCCCACCGUGCCACCUUCAUAAUGUGAAUUAAGAAUAAGGUAGAAAAAUGCUUGUCUUUAUUAAAAUACUCAUUGAGUGAGUUGACUCACGCUUUGACGCUCAUGCUGCAGAAACAGCUCUCACUUACACAAUGGGUUGCCACAGCACACUUAGGCAAGUUCAACGAUUAUUGACAGAUUUGUGCCUUUGAUCGUAGAGCUACCAAGUUUCUCUGGCAAGAUCAAAGUUACAAACCUGUCAAUCAUCGUUAACUUUAAGUACCAAAUGCAAGCUGGAGAGUUGGACCGCACUGCUAAGCAGGAGGGAGGGUGAGAGGCUGUGGCGCUGUAUGAGCAUGAAGCAGACAAACAUAUUUUUUAAAUUAAAAACCCGUUAUUCUUCACCUGAUUUCGAUCCUCUGAGAAAUGGUACGAUUGGCCCAAUUUCCAGUCACAUGAUCGGAUCGGGACAUCCCUAGACGAAUUUAAAAAUAUAUAUACAAAAAAAGGCUUUAUUUUUGUGAUUUUCAUUAAAUUACUUGCCUGAAGAGGAAAGGCUGUUGUUUGUCUACUAUCCGAUAAACUUACGAUAAACGUUUACAACAAAGCAAGCCAGUGGUAAAUAGUCGUCAAAAUGUUUGUUUUUAUUCAGUUUAUCUAUAUAAGUAUAACACCAUUUACCAUUUACCAUUCCAUUGGUUACGUCGGAAACAGUACUUUUAGGAACCCAUGCCUACAUGCCAGCAGAAGUUCUUCUUCGGUGGUUUUAUGUACAGUGGCUGAGAAGUGUCAGGCAAAUUGCAAAGCGUAAAUGCUUUGCAAAAAGAAAAAAGCACAACUGAAAAUUGCCACAACACAAACGCCCUAUUCCAAACACCAAAAGAAAAAAACACGAAUGCAAACUGCCACUACACGAUCCCCAAAUGCCAAAGCACGAACCCCAGUUGUCGCGACACGAACCCCAAUUGCCAGCAACGCGAAUGCAAAAAGCCAAAGCACAAAUGCAAAAGGACAACCCGGAAGUAGACUAAAUUUUCACGGAAGGAGACAUGAGGACUACACAUACCACCCUGCUGCUGUCGUGUAACCGCAAAUUCCACAACACAAUCACAUCACGCCUUUACAUGUGCAGGGUUUGAAAAAGUAGUUACAGAAAUUCACUCACAAAUUUACACUUUGGUAUACAGUGUUUUGUGACCAUCUCAACGGUGGCAGCAGCAGGGUGGGAGUUGUAGUUCUCAUUUCUACUUCCGUAGAAUUUAGUCUACUUCCGGGUCAUCCAUUUGAAUUUUUGCUGUGGCUUUUUGCAGCUGUGUUGCAAGCCAUUUGCAUUCGUGCUGUGGGGCAAUGGGGUUUCGUGUUGCGGGCAAUUGGGGUUCGUGUUGUGGGCAAUUGGGCUUCUUGUCACGGGCAAUUGGGCUUUGUGUCAUGGGCAAUUGGGGUUUGCGUCGUGGCCAUUUGCAUUCGUGUUGCAAGCCAUUUGCAUUCGUGUUGAGGGCAAUUAGGAUUUGAAGGAAUCUGAUUUUUUCUUAUCCAGACUGCCGGAACCACACCAGCCGAACUGCCGGUCGAAAUUUCAACAACCCGGCCAAAAGGCCAAACUCUGCGCGUUUACCUUAGUCUUAACCCCUUGUACUGCCUCCAUUUUGAAAGCUGGAAGAAGGCUUCGAAGCACAAGUUGGCAAUUUAUUCAGGUCGACAGCGAUCAUACAGCACGGAGGGACACAGACAAGGAUCCAAGGUCACCAUAUCACAAGUCAACAAAAGGUUUCCGAGAAAAAAAUGACAAUGCUUGGUUAAACAUUAAGUCU